UUUGGAUCUAAAUCACGUGAGAAAUACAUGGGGCUAACACUAUGGGUUUGUUGUUGAUUUCGCGGUUCAUAGCAUCACGAACAUGGCUACUUGGAUGAACAGCUGAACAAGGCCAAGGAGAAUUGUGUGCAAUCUGCGUGUGUUGGAGUGUGAUUAGUUGCUAUGGAAGAACUUUUGAACUCUAAGGUGAAGAACCCCCGUGGGAUUCCACAGGCUCCAUUCGUUGAGAAGGUUGAUGAAUAUGUCAAGACGUCAGACGAUUUUGACAAGGUGAUGCAAUUGUUCCAAGAAAGAUUACAACAAUACAAGUAUAUGGAACAGAGUAAGAUCAACGCACAGGCCCAGUUCAUGAAGAAGAUCCCGGAGAUUGAGGAAUCGCUAAGGAUGGUUAGGUUCCUGAAAGAGAAGAACGAGUCCCAAGAGAGUAUCGAUACGAAUUACGAGUUGAACGAGACCCUAUAUACAACUGCGACGAUCGAGCCUACAGAUAAGGUGAUGCUUUGGUUAGGAGCAGACAUUAUGCUUGAAUACCCAAUUGACGAAGCCGAGGAGCUAUUAGUUGAGAAGUUAUCCACUGCAAAGACCAACCUGGAGAUCAGCGAAGAAGAUGCAGAGUUUCUGAGGGAAAACAUCACCACCAUGGAGGUUAACACCGCUAGACUAUACAACUGGGACGUUGAGAGACGUAAGAAGGAGAGAUUAGCAGAGGAGGGCGCUAAAAACCUGAGGAUUUAGGUAACUAGUUUAUGAUUAUCCGUGAUGAAUAUAAACAAAUGACAAACA